AUGAAAUAGAAUUAAGAAUAUGAAGCAUAUCUUAAAUAUAAAGAAAUAAUUUUCUUAGAUUCAAAACAUUAGUAAGCUUUAUGCAGAAUAGGCAGUUACCUAUUUAAGUGCAAUAAAUAUAAUGAAGCAUAAGAGUAUUUUUCAAAAUGCCUAUGCAUCAACUAAAAUAAUUAUGAAGCUCUGUUAGGCUAUGGUAAAGUUGAUUUAUAUUUAAAGCUGACACUCUAAGAUUACAGAAUUAAUUAAUAUUGGCAAAUUAUAAUUAUGAAAGAGCGAUUAAUAUUAAUUCAUUGGAUUAUUAAGUGUUUUAUGGAAGAGGUAUACAAAAGAAUCUCAUGUUAAAAAGGGGUAUGCUUAAAGAGUUUGAAUGAUUUCGAGAAUUCCUAGAAAAUGUUUAAAAAAGCGUUAAUGCUAAACUAAAGCCAUUUUGAGUCAUUAUUCAGUUUAGCGGAUUACUUAAGAUAAGUAGAUAAAUACAUUGAAGCCAUAGCAUAUUUUGAUCAGGCUUUGUAAAUUAAACCUCAGCAUCCAGAAUUAUGGGAAGGAAAAGGUUAUUAGAUCAUCAUAAAAUUAGCCUUUUGCUUAAGAGAGUUAAACGAUAAUGAAGAAGCAGUAAAUUGCUAUGAAAAAGCUCUGAAAUACGACCCUACUUCUUAUGAGGCCUUGAAAGGAAUGGGUUUAAGCUUACGAAAGUUAUAUAAAUGCGAUGAAUCAAUUGUUUUUUUUGAAAAAGCACUUUAAAUCCAGCCAAAUAAUGUAUUUUCUCUAAAGGGAAAAGGUCUUAAACUUCAAUAUUAAUAGCUGAAUGCUUAAGAUUGCAGGGAAAAUGGGAAGAGGCCUUAAAGUAUUAUUCAUGGGUUUUGCAUAUUCAUCCUGGUUAACACAGGGCUUUGUUUUUCAAAUGUAUAAUUAAAUUUAAAGGUCAUUUCACUAGCUUAAAUGGAAUCAAUAGUGACAACUUUAAGGUAACAUGAAAACGAUAUUAUUCUUAAUCCUCAAAACACUAAUCCAAUUUUUGGAAAAGCCGAGUGUCUAAGGAUGCUAAAUGAUUUUGAUGGAGCUCUGUAAUUUUAUAUGAAAACUUUAUAAAUUGAUCCUAAUCACAUUAAUUCCUUAAUAGGAUAUGGCUUUUGCUUAGGAUACUAAAAUAAAUUUCAAUUGGCUUUAGAAUAAUAUGAUAAAGCCUUAACUUUGAAUAAAUACUCAACAGAUGCACUCUGGGGGAAAGGGGAAUGUUUAAGAAUGCUGAUGGAUUUUAAUAAUGCCUUAGUUUAUUAUGAAAAAGUCUUGAUACUUUAUCCUUGCCAUUAUAUUUCAUUAAGUGGAAAAGGUAAGAAAUGUGUAAAAUUAGGUGAUUGCUUAAGGAUGCUUGGUUUGUACCAACAGGCUCUAGAUGUAUAUAAGUAGGCACUCUUCAUAUAAAGUAACUAACCAAGUUUACUAUAUGGUAAAGCUGUUUGUCUAAUAGCUCAAAAUAAUUUUGAAACUGCGCCUGAUUUGUUAAGGUAGGCAAAAAAAGUUGCACCUCCAAACUUUUUUGUAGAUAAAGCAAUUUGUAUUAUUAACUUUACAUCAUUUAGAAUUUUGUGA